GGCUCAGCCGGCGUGAGCGCACGCGCUGGUGGUGCAAACUCGAGCCGUGUCUAAGGUGUGCGGCGCCACGGGGACUAGUGUUGGGCGUGAGACUCGGGCCCCGCGGGCAGCCAGCAGUGCCUGGGCCCGGAAGGUCAGAGACUGUCGUCUCCGCCCCGGCGCCCCACCUUCCCUGGGCUGAAUUGCGCUUCUCUCUGGAGCUCGCACUGCGUCCCAUCAAGCGUAGUCGGGGAAGCUCUGGGAAAGCCAGUGUGGGAGAACGCGGCGGUUUCGUUUUCGGGGACAGGAACUAGAAGUUAGUUUGGAGAGGCGCCGGACCGUGGAUGGCCUUGACUGACGGCGGCUGGUGCCUGCCGAAGCGCUUCGGGGCCGCGGCUGCCGACGCCAGCGACUCCGGAGCCUUUCCAGCGCGGGAGCCCUCCACGCCGCCUUCCCCAAUCUCCUCUUCUUCCUCCUCCUGCUGCUCCCGGGGUGGGGAGCGUGGCCCCGGCGGCGCCAGCAACUGCAGGACGCCUCAGCUCGAUACGGAGGCAGCGGCGGGACCCCCGGCCCGCUCGCUGCUGCUCAGCCCAUACGCCUCGCAUCCCUUCGGGGCUCCCCACGGACCUUCGGCGCCCGGGGUCGCAGGCCCCGGGAGCGCCCUGUCGAGCUGGGAGGACCUACUGCUCUUCACUGACCUCGACCAGGCCGCGACAGCCAGCAAGCUGCUGUGGUCCAGCCGCGGCGCCAAGCUGAGCCCCUUCGCCCCCGAGCAGCCCGAGGAGAUGUACCAGACCCUCGCCGCCCUCUCCAGCCAGGGGCCGGCCGCUUAUGACGGCGCGCCCGGCGGCUUCGUGCACUCGGCAGCCGCCGCCGCAGCGGCCGCGGCCGCGGCCAGCUCCCCAGUCUACGUGCCCACCACCCGCGUAGGCUCCAUGCUACCGGGCCUGCCGUACCUGCAGGGGGCAGGCAGCGGGCCCGCCAACCACGCGGGCGGCGCCGGCGCGCACCCCGGCUGGCCUCAGGCCUCGGCCGACAGCCCCCCGUACGGCAGCGCGGGCGGCGCGGCCGGCGGUGGGGCCGCAGGGCCCGGCAGCGCCGGCUCGGCAGCAGCGCACGUCUCUGCGCGCUUCCCCUACUCGCCCAGCCCGCCCGUGGCCAACGGCGCGGCGCGGGACCCCGGGGGCUACGCGGCGGCGGGUGGCGGUGGCGCUGGCGGCGUGGGCGGCGGCGGCGGCGGCAGCCUGGCGGCCAUGGGCGGCCGCGAGCACCAGUACAGCUCGCUGUCGGCCGCGCGGCCGCUGAACGGGACCUACCACCAUCACCAUCACCACCACCCGAACCCCUACUCGCCCUACGUGGGUGCGCCGCUGACUCCCGCCUGGCCCGCAGGACCCUUCGAGACCCCAGUCCUGCACAGCCUGCAGAGCCGUGCCGGAGCCCCGCUCCCGGUCCCGCGGGGCCCCAGUGCAGACCUGCUGGAGGACCUGCCUGAAAGCCGUGAGUGCGUGAACUGCGGCUCCAUCCAGACGCCGCUGUGGCGGCGGGACGGUACGGGCCACUACCUAUGCAACGCCUGCGGCCUCUACAGCAAGAUGAACGGCCUCAGCCGGCCCCUCAUCAAGCCGCAGAAGCGCGUGCCUUCCUCCCGGCGGCUUGGAUUGUCCUGUGCCAACUGCCACACCACAACCACCACUUUGUGGCGCAGAAAUGCUGAGGGCGAACCUGUGUGCAAUGCUUGUGGACUCUACAUGAAGCUCCAUGGGGUGCCUCGACCGCUUGCUAUGAAAAAAGAGGGAAUUCAAACCAGGAAAAGAAAACCUAAGAACAUAAAUAAGUCAAAAGCUUGCUCUGGUAGCAGCAAUAAUUCUGUUCCUAUGACUCCAACUUCCACCUCUUCUAACUCAGAUGACUGCAGCAAAAACACUUCCCCUACAACACAACCGACAUCCUCAGGGGCGGGCACCUCAGUGAUGUCUGGCACGGGAGAGAGCACUAAUCCUGAGAACAGCGAGCUCAAGUACUCAGGCCAAGAUGGGUUGUACAUAGGCGUCAGCCUGGCCUCUCCGGCCGAAGUCACAUCCUCGGUGAGACAGGAUUCCUGGUGCGCCCUCGCCCUGGCCUGAGCCCGCUGCGGGGAUUUUGUCAAGCCGUCCAGACCAGGGCGAGUAUGCUGACAGAACAUUCCUCUGACGCGUGAUUUCCGUGCCUUUAUUUCGAAAGAGAUGUAUUUCCCAAGAGGCUUGCUCUGCCUUACCACCCUGCCCCUGACUCUGAAGAGCCAGAGAGAAGAUGGAGGGCUUCCAGGGAAGGGCCAGUGCAGCCCACAGCACGUCACCUCCUCCUGGACACGGCCACUUCCAGCCAGCCUGCCUCUGGGUGUGCGGGGGGAUCUGACGUCCUCUGUGCCACUUCCAGAAACUGGGACUAGGACCGGGGCCUUGCCUCCUAAGGAAUAUUGAGAGAUUUUUUUUUAAAAAGGGUUUUAUGUGUAUUGCCCCAAAUCAUGUGCUUCUUCUGAUCGGUUUUGGUUAUUCCAGAAUUUCUUCGUACCUUUUCCACACCUGAAUUUCACGUGCUUUCAUGGAGAAGACCAUUUGAGGCCAUUUGGUACACACCUCUGGAGGCUGAGUCAGUUCGUGAGGUUUCUCGUCAAAAAUAUUACUCCGUGUGCAAGACUGCAUUAUGACUUAACGUACACUGUGACUGAUGUCUCAAAAUUCACAUUGUGGGACUGACCUGAGGUCAGUCGGGAUUUGUAAACAGGGUAGCAAACAAGAUAUUUUUCUUCCAUGUAAACAAUAAUUUUUUUAAAAAGUGCAAUUUGCGUUGCAGCAAUCAGUGUUAAAUCAUUUGCAUAAGAUUUAACAACAUUUUUUAUAAUGAAUGUAAACAUUUUAACUUAAUGGUACUUAAAUAAUUUAAAAGAAAAAUGUUAACUUAGACAUUCUUAUGCUUCUUUUACAACUACAUCCCAUUUCUAUAUUUCCAGUUGUUAAAGAGAAAUAUUUCAAGAACAAAUCUUCUCUCAGGAAAAUUGCCUUUAUCCAUCUGUUAAGAAUUUUUAUACAAAAACACCAGUAUCCCCUCUUUAUUUCACUGUGGAAUUUGUGCUGGAAAAAAUUCAACAAAACUUUACUACCUAACAGAUAACAUUUGUAAAUACUCUAGGCAUCUGUACACACUACGAUGAAGUCUAUCGUGUGACUGACCCACAGGCAGGUUGGUUUACAUUAAAUUUUUUAAGAAUGGGAUGUCCUAUGGAAACCUAUUUCACCAGAGUUUUAAAAAUAAAAAGGGUAUUGUUUUGUCUUCUGUA